ACACACACACACACCCCCCACACCACACCACAUGUGUGCACACACUUUUAACAUUACUUUGAUUUCCUUGGUUUAUUGUUGUGGGAACAGAGGUGUUGCCCCUGUGUCAGUUGCUUGCUAUAAUUCUGAACUUGUUCUGAUUUUGCAGUGUGCUCAGAACAUCCAAAAAGCGCAUGUGCCUGUGUGUGCAUUAAAAGGUCACUGUGGAGGAUUGCAGGAUUGCUCAACUGGAAGAAUUAGCUAGCCAGUGGCUCCCUCCAGAUGUCUUGGACUACAACUCCCAUCAGCCUCUGCUGCUAAUGGGAGUUUUAACCCCUAACAUAGAGGCCCAGUGUGUGGCGUAGUGGUUAGAGACUAGGAAACUGGGAGAGACCAGGGUUCGAAUCCCCACUCAUUGUCGGUAGCCUUGGACCAGUCACUCUCGGCCCAGCCUACCUCACAGGGUAGUUGUGGCGAUCACUUGUGACCGAGUCAGAUUGUCUUCCAUGAACACAGUUUUAGCAGUGUGUCCGUAAGUGACUGUGGAGGCUAAUUCUGGAUCCACACGUCCUUCCACAGUGAGAGCAUAGGUUUCUGGGCAGGAGUUGAUCACGGUGAGGGUUUGCCAAGUGUGCCUUUGUCUCAGCUCGUUUCUCCCUUUUGUCCUGAGUUCGUGCUUCUUCAAAGUCCAUGACACCUAGGAUCGAUCACAGCUGUGUGAUCUUAUACUAAUUGCAGGAUAAACAUGUUUUUAAAAAAUAGAUUUACGUAAGUUCUGCAAAGUGGGAAUCAAGCCCCCCCGGCUGUUUAAUGAUGAGUUAGCCUGGCUUUUUAAUUUGCUGAAUGAUAACAGUGAGGUUUGAAGAGACAUUAGUCUGCUUCCAGUGCCUGUACUAGAGGUGCCUUCUGGAGAUACUGAAGGAACUGUAAAGGGGUUUUGAAACUGGGAUAAAAGCCACCAGCCCUUGUUAAAAGAGAAGAUGGCUGCUUUCAUUCCCUUUUGCAGUAAUGCGCCAGAUAGUUUGGAACAGGUGCUCUGAGCUCAGGCUUCCAAGGAAGGUUAAAAAUAAUAAGAAAAAAAGGUUUCUUUGGCUAUGUUAGAAGCAAGAGGAACAAGCAAGUGGUAGGUCCUCUACAUGGAAAAGACAGAAAAAUGCUACUGGGUGACAGAGAGAAGGCAGAAGUGCUCAAUGCCUACUUUGCCUUUGUCUUCACCCAAAAAGAAAGCAAUGCCCAACCUGGUAAAAAUAAAAUAAUCAAUGGAAGAUAGGAGGAGCAGUCCAAACUCAUCUCUUUCUUUUUUUUGAUAGAAUUACAAGCUUGGUGGAUCAGGGGGAUGCUGUGAACGUAGUAUAUCUUGAUUUCAGUAAGGCUUUUUAUGAAGUCUGCCAUAAUAUUCUUGCGGAGAAGCUGGUAAAAUGUGGGCUGCAUGAGACAAACUUAGUUGGUCUCUAAGGUGCUACUGGAAGGAUUUUUUUUAUUUUGUUUCGACUAUGGGAGACCAAACAUGGCUACCUACCUGUAACAAAUACAAAAGUUACCUUUGUGUGUGCACAGACUCACACACUACCAUCCAGGAAUUAUCAGAAUCUUAAGGAUCCAGUCCAGCUAUGAAUAUUAUUUUCACAACAACCCUGUCGGUAGGUUAAGCUGAAGGAGAGUGACUGGCCUGAAUUUCUUGGCCCUUGCCUGGGGCAGGUUACUAAUUUACUAUAGUGAAUUCACCGUAAGGUGAAUUUGGGUGGGGGGCAGAGUCGGACUUUCUGUACAAGUGUCCUAGUUUUGUACAACUGUGUUCAAAACACUUAACAUUACACCAGCCUUGAAAGGUAGGGCAGCCCUGUUUCUUCUUUCCCACCCCCCAUUCCUCACAAGGGGGCUCACUGAAUUAUUUUUUUGGGGGGGGGGCGAGGUGAUGUAAUCUAAGAAGUGUGCAUGCACACGAAAGCUCAUACCAAUAACAAACUUAGUUGGUCUCUAAGGUGCUACUGGAAGGAUUUUUUGGUUUUGUUUCGACUACGGCAGACCAACACGGCUACCUCCCUGUAACUAUGCAAAUGCUAGAUUGGAAAGCAUGUAUUUCACCUAGGCCUAAAACCCUUUGUUUUCUUGGAGGCCCAGUCCUGGUGGACCCAUUGCUCUGACAAAACCACCAAAUGCUUCUGAAUGCCUCUUGCUGAAAAUCACAGGAGGGGAGAGUUGUGCUCGGGUCUUCACAGGCUUCCUGCUGUGGCAUCCAGUUGACCACUGCACGAACAGGAUGCUGGACUAGGCGGGCCCCCUCUGGCCCGAUCCAACAAGACUAUUUGUGUAGAAUCUCCAGGUCCAGAAGCGGUCUAUCUAGAUUCCUAGGUUCAUCGGGGCAUUUGGCUGCUGUGAAAACAGGGUGCUGAGCUAGAAAGGGCCCCCUUUGGCCUGAUCCAGCAGCCAGGCCCUUCUGUUAAUGCUAGUUGCCAACCAGGGUCUUGAGGGUGGCGGCUGUGAUUGCUGCCCCCCUCCUCAGUGAAUUGUGCAGACCUGCAAGGCCUUUUCCUCCCUCCCCCGCAAAGGUGUCUAAAUCUAUGCCAAAUUCCUCGGGCUUCUGGCCUGGCCGCAUGGCGGGAGCCCUACCUGCUAGUUAUGGAGCGCGGCUGGUGGAGGAGGAGAAUGUGCCGUAGCAAAGGUAGGCCUGGCGCCUGCUCCCUUGCUCAGCUCCCAUGGGAAUUUGGUGCUUGUUUUGCUCGAUUCCCCCCGCCCCCCCGCCGGCAUCCCUCCCAUCGCAGCUGUCCCUGUCGACCCUGACCUCAUGAGCUCACGCUGGGAAGCCGAACUCAGCGGCCUGCCCCCUUGCGCUUGAGAAGCAGCCGCUGGCUCCCCUGCCUGUCGCCAGAAACCGGAGGCCCACUUCCACCGCCCUCCCCCACCUCUCUGUUCCUGCUUGGUUCCUUUUCUCCCUCGGCUCCUCCGUCCCACUGCUCCAGGAAAACCUCCGUAAGAGCUUUCUGAAUCCUUCGCCAUGGGGGACAUGAAAACCCCAGAUUUUGACGACCUCCUGGCGGCUUUUGACAUUCCCGACAUCGACACCAACGAGGCCAUCCACGAGGAGGCAGAGGCACACAUCAAGCCCAUCCCUGUGGAGGCGGUGGUCCCUGAGCACGUCCUCCCUCACGCUGACAUCACCACAGUCAGCGUCAUAGUGAAGAAUACCGUCUGCCCCGAGCAGCUGGAGGCUGUGGACGGACGCGUCAAAGACAGCCACGUUGUCGGGCCACGCCUGCUGCAGAACGGCUUCUCUGCCCCUGAGGCGCUCCAUUCCUCCCCCACUCGCCCCACAGAAGGGGUGGCCACCGCCAACGGAGAGUGUUGGACCCCGAAAGAAAAGGGGGCCAAAAGCCUCGACAUCUUUUCCCAUUUCAGCCCCGACCCUCCUGAGGACGGUGAGGCCAACCUCAUCGACCAGCCGCGAGAAUGCAAGCCCAAGGAGAAGGGUCCCCUCUCCCCGCCCCACGUGCUUUCUUCGGUCCCCCCGCUGGAGUGCCACGAGCCGUCGGCAGGGGAGGCCUCAGGGCCCCUCCCUCCAACAUUCCCACAGUCCUUUGAAGGAUGCCCAGCCGGUGGAGGUGUGGGCCUCCCUCCAACCCCUGCUGUUCCCCAGGUGCCCCCAGUCAUCAAGCAGGAGUCCGAUUGCGAGACGCCCUGCCGGGGGGCCAGUCCACUGGGCCGCCCGAAGCCCAGUUCUGUUUGCUACCCUACAGACGGUUCCCCCAUAGCGCCCUGGCCAGGCUCAGACGCAAACCUCUGCGUCAGGUCCCGCGGCACCCCAGAAGUCAAGCACUCUCCCUCCAGCCCUGGGGACUCACUCUUCAAAAGCUCUCCUCCGGAGGCAGAAGCAAGCCCCGGGCCCUCCACCUCCCCCAAACAUUCCAGCAGUGGGACCCUGAAGGAGGAGCCCAUCGAGAAGCCUGUGCAGUGCCCGCCAGAUGCGUCCAGUGAGGAAGAGGACGAGGACGAGAGUGCUGGUUCUCCCUCGUCCAAUUCUUCGCGGCCCCUGAAAGUGAGGAUCAAGACCAUCAAGACUCCGACCGGAAGCAUCACCAGGACGGUCACCAGGGUCUCCUCUGACACAGAGCCAGGAGCCGCCAAGCCACCUUCGGACCACGACUCACAAGAGGCUGCUUCCGCCGAGGAAGCCGUGUCCCAGGCCUCUGCGGAAAAGGAAGGAGGCGCCACGGAGCCCCCCAGCCCCAAAACGGUGGCCGCCAGCCCCGCGAAGGUUGCAGAGGGGCCCAAAGUGGUCAGCGUGCAGCUGGGAGACGGGACCAAGAUCAAAGGAACGGUGCUGCCUGUCUCCACCAUCCAGAACGCCAGCAGCGCCAUGCUGAUGGCUGCCAGCGUGGCCCAGCAGAAGGCAGUGGUGCUGCCCAGCAAGGCCGUGGCCAAGAACAUUGUCAGCCUGGUGCCGCAGGCCCUCCCCAAGGCUGGCGUCGUGGCAGCAGCGGCCCAGGCGGGCGGGGCCAGCCAGAAGGUCAACGGCACCACAGUGGUGGUGAUGCAGCAGUCGCAGAAGUCCUCGCCCACCGUGGCUGGCACAGUCAUCUCCCGCAGCCAGUCCAGCCUGGUGGAGGCCUUCAACAAGAUCCUGAACAGCAAGAAUCUGCUGCCCAUGUACAAGCCCAACCUGGCGCCCCCGGCGGACUCCAGCCUGACCCUCCCGCCGCUCGGGUACCGGUGCCUGGAGUGCGGAGACGCCUUCGCCCUGGAGAAGAGCCUAGCGCGACACUACGAUCGGCGCAGCAUGCGCAUCGAAGUGACCUGCAACCACUGCACCAAGCGCCUGGUCUUCUUCAACAAGUGCAGCCUGCUCCUCCACGCCCGCGAGCACAAGGACAAGGGCCUGGUCAUGCAGUGUUCCCACCUGGUUAUGCGCCCCAUCGCGCUGGACCAGAUGAUCGGGCAGCCCGACAUCACCCCGCUGGCCUCCCUGGCCUCCCUGAACGCCAGCAAGGCCGCGGCCACCAUCGCCCAGGAAGGCACGGCCAGCGGGGCAGCCACGCACGACCCGCCCGUCCUCCCCUUGAAUGGCAGCACCGAGCAGGCCGCCACCAACUCCUGCCAGUGCCUGGAGUGCAAGGAGCCCUGCAAGGACAAAGCCGGCCUCGCAGCCCACUUCCAGCAAGCCACAGCCUCCGCCUCCACCUCCACGGUGUGCACCGCCUGCCCCAUGAUGAUGCCCAACCGGUGCAGCUUCGGCGCCCACCAGCGUAUGCACAAGAACCGCCCGCCUCACGUCUGCCCUGAGUGCGGGGGGAACUUCCUCUUGGCCAACUUCGAGGCACACCUGAAGGAAGCCUGCCUCCAUUUCUCCCGGAGGAUAGGCUACAGGUGCCCGAGCUGCUCAGUCGUCUUUGGCGGAGUAAACUCCAUCAAGUCCCACAUCCAGACGUCUCACUGCGAGGUUUUCCACAAGUGCCCCAUCUGCCCGAUGGCGUUCAAGUCAGCACCCAGCGCUCAUGCCCAUAUUUACACCCAGCACCCAGGCUUCAGCAACCAGCAGUCCAAGAUGAUCUUCAAGUGUGCCAUGUGCGACACGGUCUUUACCCACAAGCCCUUGCUCUCCUCCCACUUCGACCAGCACCUGCUCAACCAGAGGGUGAGCGUCUUCAAGUGCCCAGACUGCCCUCUUCUUUUCGCCCAGAAGCGUACGAUGCUGGAGCACCUGAAGAGCACCCACCAGCCCCAGAAACCCAAAGAGGACCCCGCCGCCAAGAAGCCAGUUGCUGCCCCGCUCACCCCCAAGCAGGAGCCGGCCGAAGAGGAGCCCCCACCGCCCGUCUCCAAGCUCUCGGAGUCGCCGCCGUCUUCUUCGGAAGACGAGGAGCCGCCCAGCUCCCCGGAGCUGCGGAAGAGCAAGCGGGGCCGCUUCCAGCGCAAGUCGGAGGGGGGAGGGCGCUCCCGGAGCAACGGCUGCACCUGCGGGAUCUGCCAUUCCUGGUUCCCGGAGCGGGACGAGUAUGUCCUGCACAUGAAGAAGAUCCACGGGAAGUGCGUAAAGAAGUUCCCAUGCCACCUGUGUGAGAGAUCCUUCUGCUCCUACCCCAGCCUCCGGAGACACGUCCGCGUCAACCACGAAGGCAUCAAACGUGUCUACCCCUGCCGGUACUGCACGGAAGGCAAGCGGACCUUCAGCAGCCGCCUCAUCCUUGAGAAACACAUUGAGGUGCGUCAUGGCAUCAAGGUGACGGACGAGACCCGCAGCCAGGAGGUGCAGAUCACCCGCAUGGGUGCCAGGAACUCUCAGGCGUCUGGCCGGAAGCGGAAGCUCUCCGACGAAGGGGACUCAUGCAGCGAGGAGCCGGACAGCACCACCCCGCCUUCGAAGACCCCCAGGGGCGACCGGAAGUUCCACUGCCGCAAGUGUGGCUACGUGGCAUGCUCGGCGGCCGACUUCCAGGAGCACAUCCCCCAGCACAGGACAGGGGAAAGCGCCCACCAGUGUCGUGAGUGCGGGCUCUGCUUCACCUCUCAGGUCUCCCUCAACCGCCACCGCUUCAUCACCCACAAGAAGAAGCGGGGGUCGGGCGAUGCCGGCGGCUCCAGCCCCCGGGGGGGCGACUCCGAGGAAGCGUCCCCGCCAGCCGAAGAGGGGAAGCUCUCCUGCACCGUCUGUGGCAAGGGCUUCGACACCCAGCUCAACCUCAAGACUCAUUUCCGCACCCACGGAAUGGCCUUCAUCAAAGCCCGGCAGAACGUGGGGGCAGAGAACUAGGGAGUGUGUGCACAGGAGGCUCUGCCUUGCCCCUCUGCCACCCAGGGACAGCGGUCGGAGGUUGAUCAGCGCCCCAAGGUCUUGGUGGGAGCAGUGGUAUUCCCCCCCCUCCCCAUGCCUCACUUCUUAAUAAGCUGUGAUUGUGAGGGGGGGCGAGGAGCCUUAUUUAUAAGCAGCUGUCUCUGCUGUUGGCUUGGGACCUCGGUUGUGGGGUGUCUUGUUACUGUGUGUUUUUUUAACUCCUUCAGCUUGGGGUUAUACCAUGGGGCAGAAGGCAAGGGAGAAACAUUACAUUACAUCCGGUGGUGCUGAGGAAUGGGACUCAGAGCCCCAGUGGAUUAAGGCUGCUGUGCGCCGGGGUGCCUGCCUUGCCCUUGCUGAGAAGACCUUCCCGUCAGCUUUGCUUGCUGAUCACUGGAAAAGGCAGGCGAAGCCUCGCAAUGCUCCCCUUCUGCCUUUCCUCCUCCUCCUCCGUGCACAGGGGCACUAACCCACCCCAGUGCAUGACCCCGUUGCGUUGCCCCCUCGGUGCUGCCACCGCCUCCCUCUCUCCCCUCCCUCUGAUUUUGCCCCCUCCCACUCUUUCCAGCACCCUCUUUUCUCCCCUCCAGGAUUUCCAAAAGCUUCCUGGGUUUUAGUUCUUCUCUUCCCUCCUCGAAAAGAGGGAUUCGUUUCAGCCUCACCUUUCCUGUUUUGUCGUCAUUUUUUUUUAUAAAAAAAAUCAUGUUCGCAGCUGCAGGACCGGAAGUCGCAAUUAGCUACAGGUUAGUGCCUCUGUUCUCCCCUCACCCUUCUCAGUCGGAAUCAUGGGUCAAUUGUUCCGCUUCUCUGAAGCAAGACGUUUUCCUCCGCCCUCCUUCACUGCUGAUCAUAAUACUGACUCCUUUUUUUGUGUAUUAGCGCUACCCUUUCCAAGCCAUUCCAAGGGGCGGAGUUUUGAAAAGCAAACAAACCCCCAAUGUUAUUGGUGUUUGGCUCACAGUGUGUGUUGUGUUGAUGACAAUCCAGACCAGGAAUGGGGGUUAUCUGUGGGGCCAGUCUCCCAACUCCCACCGUCAACCCUGAGCACUAGGCAUGUUGGGCAGAGGCUUCUCCAUCACUGUUACAAUGGGCACUCGGUCAGCAGCCAUUGCCCCCCGCAUCCCAAACCUGCCUGCCAAACUACGUGCCACCUCUUCCAGCUUUUCCCAAGUGGCUGAACGGAGAAUGAAAACGGGGGUUAGGAGGCAGAUGAGGCUCUGUGUGUUUGUGUGUCAGCUGAAGGGUGGUGGUGGGAACCUCCAGAAGGUUCAAAACGGGUCCACAGCACUAACUUCCUAAUAUUUGGUGGCCAGGAAAAUCCAUUUAUGGGGAGGUGUGGACAGGAGGCAGAGGGGGAUGGCUAAUAUUGCCUCCCCUGAGCAGAAAACGAAAAGGCAGCUGUAGUGACCAGAUACAUGUCUGAGUGGCAACAGACCUACCCAGGUGGAAGGAUACGGACACGAGUAGCUGGGGGAUUCAAACGUUUGCACACUUUCCCCCCCUUGCAUAAAAUGCUGGUGCCCCAUUUCUGCCCUUAAUUGCAAAAGGGUUAGGAAGGCAUUGCUUGACCCUGUCCUCAAUUCACUGGGACUUUGGGGGCUUGUGCCCUUCCACCGCUCGUGUCCAAUUCCAGUGGGGCUCUCUCAGGAGAGAAUUUUUACGAUGGCGACAGUCCAGUCAAUCAGUCAAUCUCUUGAUUAAGGUCAGUGACCCGUAUUUAAAGCAAACAAAUCAAACCUUUGUGCAAAUAUAUAACACACCUCCCCAUCCUAUCUGUCGACACUUAAUGGUAUGCCAGUGCCCCCUGGCGGUUGGUUCAGCUGCGUUAAUCUUGUAUUGACAAACUUCACUGCCAAAGGGGGUGUUUGUCUAUAUCAUGCUGAUUAGCAAUUAAUCAUGGUCUUGAGUGUCUGCCCUCACCCGCCACCUCAAAAAAACCCACUGCCUCCAGAAUGAACUUUAAGUCCCUUCUGUAGAUGAUCAUUCCGAGGUUUUGUGACCAAGAAAACAGCAUACAAUGCUGCCUCUUUAUUCUAACAAACGUUGAGCUUCUAGCUUCAUAUUUCAGUAAAGGUUUGGGAAGCGGCAGUUCUGUGCUUUAAACCCCCCUGCUCCCACAAUCAGAUCAUGUGUAAAGGUAAAGGGGGGGGUACUUUUGUGCUUUGUCUAAAAGGAAACCAUGGGAGGGAGUCUCGUAGAUCUCUUUUUAAAAAAACAAUAACGUGCACAAGUGAUUAUUUUA